UGAGCCGGGAGGGAUGGAGGGUAGCAUCCACCUGAGUGGUUUGAUUAGUCGGCACGACGAUGAAGCCACGAGAACAUCAACCUCGGAGGGACUGGAAGAGGGGGAGGUGGAGGGGGAGACCCUAUUGAUUGUGGAGUCGGAGGACCAGGCGUCCGUGGACUUGUCUCACGACCAUAGCGGGGACUCCCUCAACAGUGACGAAGGGGAUGUGUCGUGGAUGGAGGAGCAGCUGUCCUACUUCUGCGACAAGUGCCAGAAGUGGAUCCCGGCCAGUCAGCUGAGGGAACAGCUCAGUUACCUUAAGGGCGAUAAUUUUUUUAGGUUUACCUGUUCUGAUUGCUCAGAAGAUGGCAAGGAGCAGUAUGAGAGGCUGAAGCUGACAUGGCAGCAAGUGGUCGUGCUGGCGAUGUACAACUUGUCCCUGGAAGGCAGCGGGAGGCAGGGCUAUUUCCGGUGGAAGGAAGACAUCUGCGCCUUUAUUGAGAAACACUGGACUUUUCUACUAGGAAAUAGGAAGAAGACUUCCACCUGGUGGAGCACAGUCGCCGGCUGCCUCAGCGUGGGGAGCCCCAUGUACUUCCGCUCGGGAGCUCAGGAGUUCGGAGAACCAGGAUGGUGGAAGCUUGUCCACAACAGGCCCCCAACCCUGAAACCCGAGGGAGAUAAGCUGUCUGCCUCCUCUCUGAAAGUGAAAGCAGCCUCCAAACCAACUUUAGAUCCCAUCAUCACUGUUGAGGGACUUAGAAAGCGAGCGAGUCGGAAUCCUGUGGAAUCUGCCAUGGAACUGAAAGAGAAAAGGUCUCGGACUCAGGAAGCCAAGGAUAUCAGGAGAGCCCAGAAGGAGGCGGCUGGCUUUGCUGACCGGAGCAGCUCUUCCACGCCUGUCAAGUUCAUCAGCCGAGGCCGCAGGCCCGAUGUGAUUCUCGAGAAAGGAGAAGUCAUCGACUUUUCAUCCCUGAGCUCCUCGGACCGCACUCCACUCACAAGCCCAUCACCCUCGCCAUCCCUGGACUUCUCCGCCCCAGGAACCCCAGCUUCUCACUCAGCCACACCCAGCCUGCUUUCGGAAGCCGACCUCAUUCCAGAUGUGAUGCCGCCACAGGCCUUGUUUCAUGAUGACGAUGAGAUGGAAGGAGACGGUGUCAUAGACCCUGGGAUGGAGUACGUCCCGCCCCCUGCCGGCGCAGCCACCUCAGGGACAGGGCUCGGGGGCAGAAAGAAGGUCAGGGCCCCCGAGCAGAUCAAGCAGGAGGUGGAGAGUGAGGAGGAAAAGCCUGACAGGAUGGACAUUGACAGUGAGGACACAGACUCCAACACGUCCUUGCAGACGAGGGCUCGAGAGAAGAGGAAACCUGUGCUGGAGAAGGACCGGAAGCUCAAGGGGCCCAAGUUCACCCCUGUGAGCAUCUAUGAGGAGAAGCUGCUCCUCAGGCGGCUGGAGGCCUGUCCUGGGGCCGUGGCCAUGACCCCUGAGGCCCGGCGGCUGAAGCGGAAGCUGAUCGUCCGGCAAGCAAAGAGGGACCGGGGGCUGCCGCUCUUUGACCUGGACCAGGUCGUGAACGCUGCGCUCCUGUUAGUGGACGGAAUUUACGGAGCCAAAGAUGGAGGAGUUUCCAGGCUUCCGGCUGGACAGGCCACGUACAGGACGACCUGUCAGGACUUUAGAAUCCUUGACCGGUACCAGACUGCCUUGCCAUCCAGGAAAGGAUUCCGGCACCAGAGCACAAAGUUUCUGUACCGUUUGGUGGGAUCGGAAGAUAUGGCUGUGGACCAGAGCAUCGUCAGCCCAUACACGUCUCGGAUCCUGAAACCCUACAUCAGGCGUGAUUAUGAAACAAAGCCACCCAAAUUGCAGCUGCUCUCCCAGAUCCGCUCCCACCUGCACAGGGGGGACCCGCACUGGACGCCAGAGCCAGACGCCCCUCUUGAUUACUGCUAUGUCCGGCCAAAUCACAUCCCAACCAUAAACUCCAUGUGUCAGGAGUUCUUCUGGCCUGGCGUCGACCUGUCCGAGUGCCUGCAGUACCCUGACUUCAGCGUCGUCGUCCUCUAUAAGAAAGUCAUCAUUGCCUUCGGCUUCAUGGUCCCUGACGUGAAGUACAACGAAGCUUAUAUUUCGUUUCUGUUUGUCCAUCCUGACUGGAGGAGAGCGGGGAUCGCGACUUUCAUGAUUUAUCAUCUGAUUCAGACCUGCAUGGGCAAGGACGUGACCCUGCACGUCUCCGCCAGCAACCCUGCCAUGCUGCUCUACCAGAAGUUCGGGUUCAAGACGGAAGAGUACGUCUUAGACUUUUAUGACAAGUAUUACCCCCUGGAGAGCACGGAGUGUAAGCACGCGUUCUUUCUGCGUCUGCGACGCUGACGUGAGCGCGGCUCCUCACGGGACACACGCGCUUGGAGGAGAGGGCUGACGUGAGCGCGGCUCUUCACGGGAUGCACGCUUGGAGGAGAGGGCUGACGUGAGCGCGGCUCCUCACGGGACACACGCGCUUGGAGGAGAGGGCUGACGUGAGCGCGGCUCUUCACGGGAUGCACGCUUGGAGGAGAGGGCUGACGUGAGCGCGGCUCCUCACGGGACACACGCGCUUGGAGGAGAGGGCUGACGCGGCUCCUCACGGCGCGCGCGCUUGGAGGAGAGGGCUGACGUGAGCGCGGCUCCUCACGGGAUGCACGCUUGGAGGAGAGGGCUGACGUGAGCGCGGCUCCUCACGGGAUGCACGCUUGGAGGAGAGGGCUGACGUGAGCGCGGGUCACCCAAGACUGCCAGGUGUGCCGACCUUCAGCCGAGAGCGCGUUGAGCCAGAAAGGCCUGAGCUGAUGUUCCUGAGGAGAGAAGUUCUGUCCCAUUUAAAGUGAGCAGGGUGAUUGUAGUCCAAGAUCCUUGCUGUGUCCACUAGGCCCUGCGCCGUCCUGGUGACGACCACAUGCUGACUCAGCCUGUCCCAACCCGGCUGUGCUGUCCCCAGAGCGGGGCAUGCGCUGACUUUGGUUACAGUGUCUUGUGUGAGAUGUCACCUGACCUUUCUCCUGUGAGCAUGUCCGGCUGGGGCCCUGGCCUGGAAGGCGAGAGCUGUUCUCCUGUCCUGUCAAGUGAGGUCAGUUUGGGGCUGGAGGAGCUGGGCAGCCUGCUGUUUCAUUGUGCCCCUGACGGAGGUGUGCGGUGGUGGAGGGGUCAGCCGUGGACAGACACACCUCGCAUCUGCCGGCCGAGGCUGUUCGCUGGCUUGUGGAGAGUGGAAGUGGACCAUCAGUCAGGUGCUUUUGGAUUUAGUAGAGAUGUUUCCCACAGUAUCAAAUGUUCUCAAAUAAAAUAUCUUUU